GUCUUAAUUGCACCAGCUGCCCUAGGACAGUGAUUAGAAAGAAGCUAUAUAACACUUCAGCCCAACCUCUACCAGGUUUUUCUUCAUGGCUAAGUAGGAGCAAGCUGUCCCCACCAUGAGGCUGUUGACCCUCUGCUCCCCUGUCAGCGCAGCCUUUCAGCAGGAGCGUCCUCCAGCUACCACUCAUGUGACAGUGAUGAAAGGAGACAUUCGAGACUGCAGUCUGCUCCUUGCUGCCAUGCGGGCUGUUCACGUGGUUAUUCACACAGCUGCUAUUGUGGACUACAGAAACACUGUGCCCUUCUGGGAAAUGAAAGCUGUCAACGUUGGGGGUACUGAAAACGUGUUAAGGGCCUGCUGUGUCCUGAACAUCCCAUACGUUGUCUACACAAGCUCCGUUGCUGGGGUGGGACCUAACACCUUGUGUGAGCCCAUGUGCAGAGGAAACGAGGACACCAAAUACAGCGGGGAAGUGGAGCUUUCUUAUGGGAAGACAAAGGCCAUGGCAGAAAAACUUGUAUUUGAAGCCAAUGGGAAAAAGCUGAGCAACGGUGGCAAACUCACAACCUGCAUCAUCCGUGCAAACACAGUAUACGGGGAGAAGGCAACAUUUCUGCGAGACCUGUAUUUGUUUGCCAAAGCCAGGAACAAUGUGUUGAACUACCUAGAGCCUGAGAACACCGAGCGCAAUUCCAUGUAUGUGGGGAAUAUUGCAUGGAUGCAUGUUCCUGCAGCAAGGCACCAGCAGCUGAAACCGGACUUACUCGCCGGACAAGUGUAUUAUUGCUAUGAUGACACUCCAAGAAAAGGUUUUCUGGUCAGGCAUCAGCUCCUGUCUUCUGUGGACCCCUCAAUAAGGCUAGGCUCACAUAUCCCUUACUGGAAGAUGUGGUUAAUAAUACACAGGACACAGGAUACGCACAGGAUAAUCAAGGCACUCUUGUACCCCUUCUGGAAGCCGCAGCCGUUCCUAAACUUGCCUUUACUGAACACAAUAGUCACCACCUUCUCCUAUGAGACAGACAAAGCCUUCAGGCACUUCAGGUACAAACCCCUCUUCACCUGGCAGGAGAGCAAGCAGAGAAUGGUGCAGUGGCUGAAAGCAGCUGCAGGGAACGUAUCCUGCCCCCAUCUUCAUCAGGAGGGGAAUUAAGCAGCAUGUAUGGGUAAGGAGCGAGCACGUUGUUGAACUUCACAACAUUCUGUGGUCUUGGGCAGCUGGCUGGAUGGCUGUACCCAGCUCACACACUCAGGGGGUCUUCCGUGAUAAUUUUUGGAAGAGCAAGGAAGCCCAGGAAGUUCUUGCUCUGGUUUAGGGUUUAAUGGAAAAGAAAAACACUUUUUUCCCUUUUCCAGAGCUAUCUCUUUUAAGAUUGUUCCUGUUAUUCUUAACAUAUGAACGAUUAUACCUGUUUUGAAAGACUAUUCCUAUAAAAUAAGCUUGCAGUCUCUUGUAUUGACAAUGUAUAGGCUGACUUACAUUCUAACCUUAUGCCUGGACAUCUGACCAAGCUUAGAGGUGGUUACACGUAGGUUGUAACUCAAAUUCUCCUACCUCGUAGCACUCUAGCAGCAAAACAAAUUAAAGCUCACGUUCAGCUGCUGCACAGAAGGCAGACAGCAACUUGGGUGAAGGCCUUGGGGGCUGCACUUAUGCUAAAUAAUGCCUGAACUUCGGGCAGAAGAGGGCAUCUGAACUCAUUGCGUGGUGCUGGAGCUACAGUCCAUGGGGGAACGUUUCACAGAUAAUAUUUUCCUAGCACAGAUGGGGCGGGCACUUACAGAGGGUUCACAACAAAAGCAAAGCCUGCGGUCGGAUCAGUUUACCAGUUCCUCUACCUAUAAGGCAUGCAGAGGGGCUGACAGACCUACAUUAAGCACAAUAGAUUUCAGUUUUCACCUGAGCUUGGAGGAAUGGACCAUUUUUACAAUACUGGUUAAAAUUUAAAAUUAGUUCCAUUGUUUUGGGAAUGUUUAAAGUAUUCCUGUGGUCUGUGAACAUGUAACCAUCUCCUGAGUUUUCCUACAGAUACAGUGUACAUAUGCACAAAUAAAAGCUUAUUUUAAUUACUUCCCUAAUCCUCCUGGAAAAAGCAAGUUUCAGCAUGAUAUCUUUGAUAGAAAUGAUCAAGAUUUGCUUCUUGUUAGUCAUAGCAAUUACUCAGGAAGGAGAGCGAAGCAAUACCGUGUGAGCUGCCAAGUUAACUUCACUGAAAUUCAUACUCACGAGAGAAUUCUUUGGAAAAUGAGCUCGCAAACCCCAAAUCAUUUGCUCAGGUAAUUAAUGAAUAAUUUCAAAUGACAAAUAAAUUUAGGCAAACCAAUACAAUCUGUUCAUAGAGAACGUGGGAAGCUGAACUGUGUAAGUUACCAGUUCCCUACUUUUUUACUCAAUCCUUUGUGCUGGGAAGUUUUUAGGAAAGGCAGUAACAAGAUUGCUGGGUUUUCUAUUUCAUUAACAAUUGGCUGUGCAGCUUCCUGCUAUAAUUUAAAUAGUAAAUGACUUGCUAAGAAUUUGACAAGGAAAUAUAUACCCAAUUUCUCAUGCGUGUUGCCAGAGCAUCGUUGCAGUAUGACAACGUUGACUGCAACAGGUUUUGAUGCUUCUGAAACCUUGGUUUUAUCUUGCCAAAAAAGAGCCACUGGGUGGAGCUGCAAGUCUGUGAGACAGGUGCCCUCGCCGUGUGAUUUCGAGUGUUGCAACAGCUUUGGCUUGAGCUGUUUUAAAAAAGAAUCCAAAGACCUAUCCAGAAAGCGAGGCUGAUGGAUGGGCUGGGGGUACCUGACCAUUCAGGUUUGUCCUCACUUUGUGGCAUUUGGAGUUUUGGACUUCCCUCUGCUGUCUGGAUGCAUUCAUCUUUUUAUCUUCAUGUAGUCAUAAAGAAACCAAGGAAAUUAUUUUUCCACUCAUAACUCAGAAAAGAAUAAAAGUUUGCUUUCUAUUAAAAAAUAUAAUGAAAUAUGGCACUCUGACCUUUGAGAAAACUUGGCUAAGUACAAGAGCUGAUGCUGUCAGUCCCAUUCAGAGCCGUUGGUUUAUUCCUUUGUGGACUCUGGAGUUACUGAAGGUAUCGAGUAGUAUAAUUGCCAAGCCCCAAUACUACCCCAGAGACCAGUGUAUGCCUGCCUCCUUUCAGAAACCUCGCUGGGAACCUUAUCGUGCUUUUCUGCCUAUCCUGCUCAUCAUCACCUAUGAUUUUGAUGCUUAGCAGGAUACAGAUGACACACAGGAUAAGGAGCAGGCAUUUUUAAAGGUAGUUAAGGGCAGCGUUUUUCAAAAUGACUUGAAUAAUUUACCUACUUAGCUUUUUUUACACCUACCCACCUCCCAAGCUUUGACAAAAGCAAGCAGAGGAUUCCCUUUCCCUGCACAUAGUAGAAGUAGGGGAAAAAGUUAGACAGCAAAGCCUCUGUACUGUUUUCCAAAAAGAUGAGUAAGCUUCCUUUGGCUGCACUGCAGUUUGGCUCCUCCAAGCUAAUGCUGCUGCAGACUUCCUGUUAGAUCCUUGAUUUUAUCAGAUUAUAACUUGUUUUCUCCUGGCAGUGCUUUAAUUCUUUCUACUGCACUGGGUUGUCAUUGGCUUUUCUUUUCAGGGUCCCAGCCCUAUUAUGUAACAGCAGCAGAAGUAGGAAAAAAAAUAAAAAGAGGAAAAAAAAUAUUUCAGAUCUCUUUCUACUUCUGGA